AUGGAUGAGACUCUGAUUGCCACAAUCAACAAGCUGCAAGAUGCUUUGGCACCCCUAGGUGGAGGGUCCCAAUCUCCUGUUGAUCUACCUCAAAUAACUGUGGUCGGCUCUCAGUCAUCUGGUAAAUCCUCGGUCCUGGAAAAUAUUGUGGGAAGAGACUUUCUUCCUAGAGGCACUGGUAUCGUUACGAGAAGACCAUUAGUUCUUCAAUUGAUCAAUAAAAGGCCAAUGAAAGGCUCACCAUCUCAAUCUACGAAGAAUGAAUUACUUGAUUUAGAUGGCCCUAGCAGCAAAAAAGGGCAGUCAGAAGAUAAUUUGAACGAAUGGGGUGAGUUUUUGCAUCUUCCAGGGAAAAAGUUCUUCAAUUUCGACGAAAUAAGACAGGAAAUUGUGACUGAAACGGACAAGACAACAGGCAAGAACGCUGGAAUUUCCUCAAUUCCCAUCAAUUUAAGAAUUUAUUCCCCUCAUGUUUUAACCUUGACGCUUGUUGAUUUACCUGGUCUGACAAAGGUUCCAGUAGGUGAUCAGCCAAUUGAUAUCGAGAAGCAGAUCAAAGAUAUGAUUUUAAAGUAUAUCUCGAAACCCAAUGCAAUUAUUUUAUCUGUGAAUGCCGCGAACACGGAUCUUGCGAAUAGCGAUGGCUUAAAACUGGCAAGAGAGGUCGACCCAGAGGGUACAAGAACAAUUGGUGUGCUAACUAAAGUUGAUUUAAUGGAUCAGGGUACAGAUGUUAUUGACAUUCUAGCCGGCAGAGUAAUUCCUUUAAGGUAUGGUUACAUCCCUGUCAUCAACAGGGGCCAAAAGGAUAUAGAGGCAAAGAAAACGAUUAGGGCUGCAUUGGAGGACGAGAGGAAAUUCUUCGAAAAUCAUCCCUCCUAUAGCUCAAAAGCGCACUAUUGUGGCACUCCUUACCUAGCAAAGAAAUUGAAUUCUAUUUUGUUACACCAUAUCAGACAGACGCUUCCAGAGAUAAAAAACAAAAUCGAGGUAACUCUAAAGAAAUAUCAAUCGGAGCUUCUAAGCCUUGGCCCAGAAACAAUGGACUCACCUAACUCUAUUGUAUUGAGUAUGAUUACUGAUUUUUCCAAGGAAUACACAGGCAUAUUAGAUGGUGAGGCUAAGGAAUUGUCCAGCCAAGAGCUUUCUGGUGGUGCCCGUAUCUCGUUUGUUUUCCAUGAGAUUUACAAGAAUGGAGUAAGAGCUUUAGAUCCCUUUGACCAAAUUAAGGACUCUGACAUCAGAACCAUAAUGUACAAUAGUUCCGGUGCGGCACCAUCUUUGUUCGUUGGUACCGAAGCGUUCGAAGUACUUGUGAAGCAGCAAAUUCAUAGAUUUGAAGAACCAAGUCUAAGAUUGAUUAGCCUGGUUUUCGAUGAACUGGUUCGAAUUUUGAAGCAAAUAAUUUCGCAGCCCAAGUACAGCAGGUAUCCUGGCUUGAGAGAGGCGAUGUCAAAUUAUUUUGUUCAGUUUCUCAAAGAGGCCAUCAUUCCAACCAAUGAAUUUGUAUUGGAUAUUAUCAGAUCUGAGCAAACAUACAUUAACACUGCACAUCCUGACCUAUUAAAAGGUUCACAGGCAAUGGCAAUGGUUGAGGAAAGGCUGCACCCAAGGCAAGUAGCAGUUGACCCGAAAAGUGGUAAACCCCUUCCUAAUCAGCCGCCCACACAGCAAACGACGGAGGAUAAGUCAGGCUUUUUCGGAGGGUUUUUUUCGUCAAAGAACAAAAAGAAACUUGUGGCAUUAGAGUCUCCACCUCCUGUACUAAAAGCUAGCGGACAGAUGACCGAAAGAGAAACAAUGGAAACUGAAGUCAUCAAACUGUUAAUUGAUAGCUAUUUCAACAUUGUGAAGAAGACCGUCGCCGAUAUCAUACCUAAGGCUGUUAUGUUCAAACUAAUUGUUAAGAGUAAGAAUGACAUCCAGAAAAUUCUUUUGGAAAAACUGUAUGGAAAUCAAGAUAUUGAGGACUUAACGAAGGAAAAUGACAUCACCAUCCAGAGGAGAAAAGAGUGUCAAAAAAUGGUUGAAAUUUUGAAAAACGCCAGUGAAAUUGUCUCUUCAGUUUAA